CUUCUCCCUUUCGAUUGGCGAGCGAAAGCUUCAUCCGGGCAUUUAAACACUUGCAAGGGAGGUCGCCAUUUUCAGCGAUUAACUUCGAUAGCUGCAGCAGGCAAACUUCAAAAUGGCAAUGAGACGUCCGUUCGAUCCUGUGGCACACGAGUUGGAUCCCAGUUUCCGACUCACGAAAUUUGCUGACCUAAAGGGAUGAGGGUGCAAAGUCCCUCAAGAAGUUCUGCUCAAACUUCUUGAGGGACUCCAACAGGACAGCAAUGCCCAGGAUGCAGAACCGUCACAUUUCCAAUAUAUGGCGCCUGUUCCGCGUGUCGGCAUUGGAAUGGACAGUUCUAUUACCCCUCUACGUCAUGGCGGCCUCUCUCUUGUCCAAACCACAGACUACUUCUAUCCAUUGGUGGAUGACCCAUACAUGCAGGGCAAGAUUGCUUGUGCAAAUGUGUUGAGCGACCUGUAUGCUAUGGGCGUUACGGACUGCGACAACAUGCUAAUGCUGGUUGCCUGCAGCAACAAAAUGACCGAAAAGGAGAGGGAUAUCAUUAUGCCCAUUAUCAUGCGAGGUUUCAAGGACUGUGCUGAGGAAGCUGGUACAGGUGUGACUGGUGGUCAGACUGUCAUAAAUCCUUGGCUUAUCAUUGGAGGGGUGGGCACUUCAGUGUGCCAGCCAAAUGAGUACAUAAUGCCAGACAAUGCAGUUGUUGGGGAUGUGUUGGUGCUGACUAAACCCCUUGGUACACAGGUGGCAGUAAAUGCAUACCAGUGGCUGGACCAACCAGAGAGGUGGAAUCGUAUCAAGCUGGUUGUGAGUGAGGAUGAUGUUCGCAAGGCAUACCAGCGUGCAAUGUUCUCUAUGGCAAGACUAAACCGCAUAGCUGCACGCCUGAUGCACAAGUACAAUGCCCAUGGUGCUACUGAUGUAACUGGCUUUGGUCUGCUUGGACAUGCUAAUAACCUCGCUCGCAUUCAGAAAAAUGAAGUGGGCUUUGUCAUCCACAACCUCCCCAUCAUUGCCAAGAUGGCUGCCAUAAGCAAGGCAUGCGGCAACAUGUUUGGUCUUCUGCAGGGUCACUCUGCUGAGACUUCAGGUGGACUGCUGAUUGCUUUGCCCAGGGAGCAAGCGGCUGCGUUCUGUAAAGACAUUGAAAAGCAGGAGGGCUACCAAUCCUGGAUCAUUGGCAUUGUAGAGAAGGGCAACCGUUCUGCACGCAUUAUUGACAAGCCACGAGUUAUCGAAGUUCCAGCCAAAGACCGUGACGGGGAACUAUGGUAGCCGAAGUUGAAAAGGGUCUUCUGUGUCUUGCAUAUUGCUUGGGUGGGUAAGGGGUCUGGCCUUUGUCUGAUGGUAGAAGUGAAUUUGCUGGCUUGCAUUUGAGAUCUGUUUUAAGAUUUUCUCUGUAGCAUGAAGAAAAAAGACCAGCAGGAACUCUUUUAAGAUAGGGCUACAUUGAUGCAGAAUGUGGCAAUCUGUGUAGCUUGCAGUAACAGAACAUCUCAUCACAUCCUGUUUAAGCAAAACAUGACUCUGAUGAGCUGUUAUUAACUGCACGUCUCUUGUAGAGAGCAUUUUUGAGGCAGCUUAGAAUUGUCAUUGGUCUUUGUGAAGUAAAACCUGAGCUGCUCCAUCAGUCUAAUGAGGUUGAUUGACACAUUUGAUGGCACACAUCAUUCAUAUUCAUUCCGCAAUGUCUCAGAUGUGUUGACCACAGAGUUCAUGGAUUUCUGCGAAAAAUCAAAAGAAAAAAAAAAUUACCAUUUCCAAAUCAUCAGUCACUGGGACCACCAGUUGUAGAUUGGUGAACUGAUUUUUAUUCUUCCAUAAAUAAGUUGUGGCUACAUUCUAUCCAGCCAGUAGUUGUGUUUCUAUGCAGCAAGUUUGAGCACCUUGCUGCAGCGUGGCACGGCCAACGAGCUGUGUGCGGGACAGCUGCUUUUAGGUUUUGGGCUAAAGGCCCUAGGUUUUCGACAUGAAGCUUGUCCAGGCAUUGACUUCUGACAGCUGGACCAGCAGAAGCGAAGAAAAAUUAGGAGCCAACCUUGAUGGCCUACCUGCUUCUGUCUAGCUUUUUUUUUUUUUACUCAUUUCUCAUCAUGCUGUGGUCAAUACAGUUUUUUAAUUAAAAAUAUAUACAUGGAAA